AUGACUGAAGUUACUUCAGCAAUGCUUUUAAGAAAACCCAACUCACAUGUCAGGUCUGUCAGUUUGCCAACUAAAUCUCAUCCCGAGUUCUUAAAACUUGAGGAAGAAUUGAAUAAGAUCAAGGCUUGGGAGUUAACAGCAAAAGCAGCAGUGUCAUCAACGUCUACUUUUACAGCCAACACAAUUGAAGUUGGUUUGGCCAGCCUUGGCGAGGUGUACAGUAGCUUUGAGGAUGUUCUUAGUUUGUCUAUCACAAAACAAGCCCUAAUGGGUUGCCGUCAAAACAAGGGAUUGGUGGAUGAGAUUCUAGAUGGGACACUUGAAGCAUUGGACAUAUUCAGAACUAUAAAAGAUGCUUUACCGUCAAAGAAGGAACAAGUUCAAGGUCUUCAAUAG